AUGGCGGCGUUCACGAAACUGGCUGGAGGGGUAGUUAAGGAGGCCGCGGCGGAAGAGGACCCGCGAGUUCUGGAACCUGGGGCUGCCCCCUUCGGAAAUUUCCCUCAUUAUUCCCGCUUCCACCCUCCGGAGCAACGGCUCCGCCUCCUGCCCCCGGAGCUGCUUCGACGGCUCUUCCCUUCUCAGAGUCCCGAGACGAGGCCGAUCCUAGGGCUCGACGUGGGGUGUAACUCCGGGGAUCUGAGUGUGGCUCUAUACAAACACUUCCUUUCCCUACAUGAUGGGGAGACCUGCUCAGAUGCCUCAAGAGAACUCCGUCUCCUCUGCUGCGACAUAGAUCCAAUCUUGGUGGAGCGAGCUGAAAAAGAAUGUCCUUUUCCGGAUGCCUUGACCUUUAUCACCCUGGACUUCAUGAAUCAAAGGACCCGGAAGGUUCUCUUGAACUCUUUCUUAAGCCAAUUUGGACGUUCAGUUUUUGACAUUGGUUUCUGCAUGUCAGUAACCAUGUGGAUUCAUCUAAACCAUGGGGACCAUGGCCUGUGGGAGUUCCUGGCCCAUCUUUCCUCCCUCUGCCGCUAUCUCCUUGUGGAGCCACAGCCCUGGAAGUGUUACAGGGCAGCUGCAAGGCGUCUCCGAAAGCUUGGACUCCAUGAUUUUGACCACUUCCACUCCCUUGCCAUCCGAGGUGAUAUGGCAAAUCAGAUUGUGCAGAUCUUGACCCAGGACCAUGGCAUGGAAUUAGUAUGUUGCUUUGGCAAUACCAGUUGGGACCGAAGCCUUCUGCUCUUUAGGGCAAAACAAACCACAGAGACUCAUCCAAUCCCUGAAUCACUGAUAGAAGAGGAAAAAGAAAAGAACAGAUUAAGAUUCUGGAGGCAGUGAGAUGGGAGGGCAGGAAGACCAGGAAAGAAAUAUCGAAAGGGUCUUAUAUUGAGAAUGAUGUUUACUCUCCUUAACUCUUUAACAAUCAAACAUCCUCAAAACCCGGCAGAAGCUUUUGGCAAAAUGUCCAAGGCCUGUAAUUGAAAUAAUCAGUAUCCAUUCCCCAUUGUUUAAAACAAUCCCUGAGGAAAGUGAAUCUGUGGAGUAGUAAGGCUGUCUGAAUUGAGAUGGCCAUAAAAGUGAUCCUGGUGGUUGGACAUGGGAGGAGCUGCUUUUGGGCUUUAUUUAUAAAGAUUAGACCAGGCUAGCCUUAGUAUGUAUCAGUUCCCAUGGCUGCUUGAAUCUGAUCUGGUUUCUUCAGGCUUCUGUACUUACUAGGCCUGCCUUUGGGCAAACUCACAGUGCAGUCUGGAAUGAAGAGUCACUGGCCUGGCUAAAGGAAGAGGUUAGCAGGAAAAGCAUGUUGUCUCUCUAAAGCAAGUCAAGUCUCCAACAUGCCCAGGCUCGGCACAGCAGUUACAGAUACUAGGCAAGAUACAUUAACUGUCAUUUAAAAGAUGUUUAAAAGAUUUAAAUUAUGAACCCAGAGAUA